AUGACACAAAUAUCAGAUCUCACGUUAUUUAAAGUUUCUAUAUAUGAAGCAUUUGUAAAUAAUGGACACGUAAAGUCAACAAGGCCGAUAUGGAAGAAUCCAUGGGUUAUAGGAGGUGCAGCGGCCUUUACCGGAGUCUUUCUUACUCCGAUCGCAUUUACUACAAUCAUUGGAGCUUUAGGAUUAGGUUCUGGAGGUAUAGCAGUGUGGGGUCAUUUGCAGCGUGUCGCCGCAACCGGUGCUGUUGGUGCUGCUGGAGGUGCGAUUGGAGUAGGCCUUGGUAAAUUUUUUGCAGACCGCACAUUAUCCCACUCAGAGGAAAAAUCAUUUGAAGAAUUCAUUAAAAUUGAAUUAGUUAAUUGUGACGAUGGCAGUAACCAAGAGAAAGACAUUAGUAAAAUCAUAUUUCAUCUAUACAGACCAAUUCUGAGAGAUGAAAAAAUAGUUGAAACCUUCAUGCAAGUAAUAAUAGCUGUGUCGCCAUUUGCAACAUCAAAACAUUUUGAUUUUAUGGUAGAUAGCCAAGAUGUAGGAACAGAAUCACUCCAAGGAUGCUUGCACCUUUUACAAAAGUUGAUUCAGACGUACAAUGGGUCUCGAGUUAGCGUUUUAUCAAAAAAUAAAGAGAUGGAUGGCGUAUGCGGUUAUUCAUUGGAUCUUACAGAAUAUGAACCUCCGUUAGACAUUCAACCAAUUAUCGAAACAUGGAAACGGAAUAAUGGAAGCAUUCGUGAAAAGUCAUGA